UGCAGAACCUCACCUGCUCUGCAGAGUUCUUAGGAGCAGAAAAGAGUGAGGGGAAUUUGCACACCACCUGGGGGUUAUAUUAUUUCUUUCAGCAGGGGAGUCACAAGAGCCUCCUGUCCAUCAACUCUGAGCUCUUUGCCUAGUUGGUCUGGGUAUCCGCUCUAUAGACUGAUUACUCCUGGCUCAGCAACCUGUCCUGUCCUGUCCCGCACUGCCACGAUGCUUGGACCUCUGCCACCUUCCCUUCUCUUCCUCCUGCUGGCUUUCCAAGCUGUAGGAGCCUCCGGAGAAGAGUCGGGGCCCGUGAGGCUGAACGGGAUUUGGGGAGAGUCGGUCACUUUCUCUCUGGUGAUUCCAAGUGGAAGCCGGGUUGACAAUAUAGUCUGGAACGCAAAGUCAACUAUAGCAAUUGUGAAACCAGGAAAAGAAGCCGCACCCCAAGUGAUAGAUCAACGUUACAGAGAGCGACUGAGAGUCCUGGACAGGGGCUACUCAUUGCAAAUCAUGGACCUAAGCCAGGAGGACACGGGCACAUACACGGCACAAAUAGCCACAGAAGGAACCACUGAGCCCAUCUUCCAGAGAUUCGCCCUGCACGUGUACAAACAACUGACAGAGUCCGACAUCAACAUCAUCCCCGGGCAGGACUCCGUGCGCACUGUGAAUGGGACGUGUAACGUCACCCUGAACUGCUCCCUCCUGUGGGGAGGAGAGGACGUGACCUACACCUGGAGCCAGACAGCAGAGAGCUCUGUUGUCUCCAGUGGGGCAUCCAUUCUCAUCUCGCACAGACUCGGAAGUGGGGUCUCACCUGUGACCUGCACGGCCAGGAACCCCAUCAGCAACAGCUCAAAAUUAAUUUCUCUCCAGGAAUUUUGUGAAGGUUUCACCAGCACUGGCUUCCCAGCAGGGUCAAGCAGCCCAGCAACCUAUUGCCAGGUGAAGGGGAUUCUCCUGCUGGUGGUGCUGGGAGCCCUGCUCGCAGCCAUCGGCAUGGUGCACGUCCUCACCCGGGACAAAGAGAGGCUGGAUUGAGCGAGCCGAAGGGCCAGUGCAAGGAGCUUUCCUUGCGGCUUGUGGCGACGUCUGCAUCUGCAACGGGGUCUUUUCACUCCCCUGCUGCACACCGGAGCCGCAGCAGCCCAGCUGUCGAUAGGCCUGGGUUUGGACCCAUCCCUGCUCCUUUGCCCUGCCAUGCUGGGGCUCAGAUGGGGAGGUCGGGACUAGAGAAACUCAGCCUCCAGAGCCCCCCUAAACCUGGCUGAGAAUGGGUUGCCACCACCUCCUGGCUGGGCAUGGUGCUGCAGGUGUUCUGCCUUAGUUUCUCCAUUCUAGCUUUCCCCACUUGCUAUAACAGUUCGCCUGGCUCACCACUCUGGCUCGGUCAGUGCGGAAGCUCAGUCCCCUUCCAGGGUAUCGGAGUCGAACCAGACACAAGAUAUAGGAGCCUUUGUCCCAGCUCAGCUUAGUUCUCUGCUCCUUUCACGUUACCCAUCUGCCCACCCCCUGGACUCAGCUCGCAGUCACUCUCCUGCCCCUGCAGGGCCUUACGUUAGGAAUCAUCCCAGGUACUUCCAAGCAGUCUCCUGUCAGGGCCUUCCCUCCCCCCAGGGAGGCCCAAUCAGGUCUCCCAGUUUCAAUCCCUAGCCCAGCUCCCCUCUCCCCGUGAGGGCUGUUGGGUCCCUGCUCCUUCCCAGCCAGCCCCCUGCAGGGCAGGGUCUCCCCUUUCUUAGCGUCUCCCUUCCAGCCUAGCCCUGCUACAGGUGUGGCGGGCAGAGCUGGCUGGGCUCAGAGCAGCCGAGUGACCCCUCAAGCUUCCUGCGGUGUUUGGAUUAUGGGUUUUAAGCAUUUUUCAGUGUUUAUCAAUUUAUAUAUUCACAGUUGCAGGACA